GCUAUCAAAAACAGUCUGCAGACGAUGUCGCAAGUUUCCGGUGAUAUAGCCAGCAACAGGAAUGGCCAUACUCCCAGCAGACAGCAUACCACAUUCGAUGGAAUAUCUGACCCCGACUGAUGCGCAGGGCGAACCCGAGUACCCAACGGGCACCAAAUUCUGGUUGCUCAUGCUCACCCUGGCUGCGGUGCUGAUUCUUAUCAGCAUCGACAUGAACAUCGUUGCCACAGCCAUUCCCAGUAUAACCGACUAUUUCCACACCAUUGCCGACGUGGGUUGGUAUUCUUCCGCCUUCCGGCUCUGCCAGUGCGCCUUCCAGUUUGUUUUUGGCAGAGCGUAUCAGCUCUUUUCGAUCAAGCGUGUCUUCCUGAUUGCCAAUGUCAUCUCUAUAGCAGGCUCACUGCUCUGCGGGGCGGCAACAACUUCACCCAUGCUCAUCGUAGGGAGGGCAGUCACCGGCCUCGGCACGGCGGGUCUACUAUCUGGAUGCUUCGUGAUCCUCGUCCACUCCACACCCCUCCGCAGACGGCCCAUGUUCACCGGGAUAAUGAGCGCCAUCGAAGGUCUAGCCACCCUCUCCGCACCCCUCCUAGGCGGAGCGAUCGUGCAGUCCCUCGGCUGGCGCUGGUGCUUCUACCUCAACGCGCCCAUCGGCGUCGUCACCCUCCUUUUAACAAUGUACUGCUUCUCCGACCCGCCCAAACCCGACCACCUCGCCCACAUCCCCCUCAAGCAAAAGCUCUCCCAGCUCGACCUCCUCAGCAACCUGCUCUUCAUCCCCGCCCUAACCGCUCUCUUCCUGGCCUUCUCCUGGGCCGGAACCAAGUACCCCUGGUCCAGCAUCCCCGUACUCGCGCCCCUCGUCACCUUCACCGUCCUUAUGGGCAGCUUCAUCUACAACCAACACCGCCAAGGCAACACCGCCGCCCUGCCCCUCCGCAUCCUCCAACACCGCAGCAUCAUCGCCGGCAGCAUCUUCAUCGCCUGCGGCAACAGCACCGGCAACGUCCUCGAAUACUACCUGCCGACCUACUACCAAGUGGUGCGGGGCUACACCCCGGCCCAGAGCGGGUACAUGAUGCUCCCCAUCAUCAUCGCCGGGACCGUCGGCGCACUAGUCCACGGCUUCGGAACCAGCAUCUUGGGCUACUACGCCCCGUUUAUGAUCGCCGCCUCGAUCAUCAUGCCCGUCGCCGCGGGGCUGAUCACCACGUUCGAAGUCAGCACCAGCCUCGCGCAGCUGCUCCUCUACACCGCUUUCUCGGGGCUAGGAUACGGGAUUGGCUUCUCCGGACCACAAAACGCCGUGCAGACCGUUCUGCCUCCGGAGGACGUCCCGCUGGGCACGUCGGUGAUGCUGUUCGCGCAGUCGUUUGGACCGGCGGUGGCGGUGGCGAUCGCGCAGGUGCUGUUCGUGAACCAGCUGGCACAUAAUCUGGGGGGUGUGGUGCCCGGGCUUACUGGGGAGGAGGUGGAUCGCAUGGGGCUGACGCAGAUUGUGAUGGGGUUGUCAGCGGACAAGGCGGUGCAGGCACGCGGGGCGAUCGAUCGCAGUCUCGUGCAGACGUGGUAUUUGGUGGUGGGGUUGGCGUGUGCGACGGGGGUGGGGAGUCUGGGGAUGGAAUGGCGGUCGGUCAAGAAGACGAGGCGGGAGUAGCGGAAGUCCCGUGAUGCUAUGCCGAGGGUUCAUCUUGUAUGGAGUGGGAGCAAUCUACUAUUCCAAGCCCUGGGGAGUAGUUGAAGUGGUCGAUGCUCAG